AUGCGAUUUACACCCUUGUCUUGUUCUGUCCUGAUGGUUGUUGGGGCAGUUUUCGCGAGUCCAAUCGCGGUGGCCCAAGAACCAUCAGUACCCGCUCUUCCUCAUCUGCGUUUUGGACACGCCGUGGGUAGGAGUCAGAACCAGAACGAGGGCGUUCGAGUAAUUAGUAUAUCCACCACCACCACCAAUACAGGAGGAAUUCCCUGCGCUGGCGCUAGAUCCAGAUUUCGACAGAAAUCUCUUGAACUUUCGAAUGCUUUCCGACAGGCACUUGGAAUGCCUCUUAUCGAGGUCAAUAAGGCCUUCGAACUGAAGCCUAUCCCUCAAUCCCACCCAUACAUUGAGCGUCAACCUGAUCGCGGUGGGUGGCGUGUGGUUGGGGGUCAUCCCCAUCCUCAUCACCACUCUGGACAUGUACGUGUACAUGGCCACCGAGGACCGUUCAUGAUGCGUCUACACUACGCACUCAUGUCGCUUGGAGCUUGGGAGGGUAGAGCUGUAGCUUUUGUUCUCGGCUGCGGUAUCGGUGUUCUCAUCAGAAUGAUUUGGGUUCUCGCCGUGGUCGCCUAUCGCGCCGUCAAAGGAAACAGCGAAGAAGAGGACACGGAUGGUUAUCUACGACUCACCGAAGAGACUGCUGAUGCGGAGGAAAUCUUUGUUGCUCCGCCUCAGUAUGUUGUGGAUGAGAAACCUCCCGUUGAUGACAAGAACUAG